GUUGUUCUGUCCAAUCAUGUUUCUUGAUAUAAAUGUUGUCCAUAACGGCCACACAGGAAGCAAAUGACGCAUUACAGAGCAGCUGACUGCCGUCGUUUCUCACCGUGUGAACCCAGCUCCAGUAGCAGGCAUGGAGGGUCAUAAAACUAGCGUGGUCCUGCUGGCCUGUGGGUCCUUCAAUCCCAUCACCAACCUGCACCUGAGGAUGUUUGAACUGGCUCGAGAUCAUCUAGAAGACACAGGUCAGUACAGGGUGGUGAAAGGCAUCAUCUCCGCAGUGGGUGAUGGCUAUAAGAAGAAGGGUUUGAUUGAGGCCCGUCACCGUCUGGAGAUGGCCAGACUGGCCACAGAGAACUCUGACUGGAUCACAGUAGAUUCGUGGGAGAGCUUGCAGCCUGAGUGGGUGGAGACAGCUAAAGUGGUUCGGCAUCACUAUGAGGAACUGCUUACAACAGAGCAGAACAAUGAUGAUGUGGACACUGUCAAGUAUACAAAAAAGAGACGCAUACAGGAGAAUUGUGAGGGUACAUCUGAGCACAAAAGGAGAGACAACCCUCAUCUGAUGCUCCUGUGCGGGGCUGACGUCCUGGAGUCCUUCGGGACCCCCAAUCUGUGGAAGCAGGAGGAUAUCACCGAGAUUGUGGGCCGUUACGGUUUGGUUUGCAUUUCCCGCAGCGGCAACGACCCCCACAAGUUCAUCCACCAGUCAGACAUGCUGUGGAAGUAUCGCAAGAACAUCCACGUGGUCCGCGAAUGGGUGACCAACGAGAUCUCAGCCACUCACGUGCGCCGGGCGCUUCGUCGAGGUCAGAGCAUCAGGUACCUGCUGCCAGACAGCGUGGUCGACUACAUUAAAGAGCACGGCCUCUACACUGCAGAGAGCGAGCAGAAAAAUGCCGACGUGGUGCUAGCUCCCCUUCAGAGAUACACGGGUGCUUCAGCAGCCCGGCAGUGUGAGGAUCACCUUUUUUUUUUUUCUUCUCACACACAUAUUAUAAAGAGUGCAAAAAAGGUGCUCAAAAUGCCAGCCAGCCUCUGUGGUACAUGGGACAUGAUCAGCAAUCACAACUUUGAGGGCUACAUGAUUGCACUGGGUGUCAGUGCUUACUUACGAAAGAUUGCUCUGAGGCUGAAGAUGAGGAAGGUGAUUGAGCAGCAGGGGGACCAGUUCAUCAUCAAAACGUCCAGCACCUUCCGAAACUACACCAUCUCCUUCAGAGUGGGUCAGGAGUUUGAAGAGUUUACCAAGGGACUGGACAACAGACACGUCAAGUCACUGGUGAAAUGGGAGGGAAAUAAACUGGUGUGUGAGCAGAUUGGAGAGAAGAAGAACCGGGGCUGGGCUCACUGGAUUGAAGAGGACAAACUACAUCUGGAGCUGUACUGCGAAGGAGAGGUGUGCAAGCAGGUUUUUAAGAAGAACAUGAAUGAGUGAAGAGGAAUGAAAAUUUUAUCUCUGGAGAAGAGAAGUUACUCU